AGAGACUGUCGCGGUAGAGUCUAGGUAAGCCGGAAGUAAACAAACUCACGUGGAAGAUGGCGCUUUCAGAGCCAAAAUCUCUGAAGUAUGCAGAUAUCUUAAAAGAAUUGCGGGUCUCGUUUUUCGCCAUGAACCGCCUGACUUCGUUUCCCUGGAUUCUCGUGGAAAACGAGCUGCAGAGGAACAAGUCAUCAGACCUCAUCUCAGAGCUAUUGCAGCAGACGUGUCUUCAUCCUCUGUGUCAGAAGUUUCCACCAUCGGUCAGAUACAGGAGGCUGUUCCUCUCUGAGCUCAUCAGACGGCAGGAAGCUGCAGACUGUGAUCCUCUGGACCAGCUGUAUGACGCUCUGGCCGAGGUGCUCGGAGCCGAGGAGGCCACGGAGUGCUACAAGAGCUACUUACUGCCCAGCAGUGACGCCGUCAGCCUGCUGGAAAGCGUGGCUCUGAUCUCAGAGGGAACCACUGGGCUGGUGACUUGGGAAGCUGCUCUGUACCUGGCCGAGUGGGCUCUGGAUCACAAGCAGGUCUUUACUGGCAGGUCGGUUCUGGAGCUGGGCAGCGGCGUGGGCUUGACAGGCAUCACCAUCUGUCGCUCGUGCAGUCCACACAGAUUCGUUUUCAGCGACUUUCACCCCACAGUCCUGCAGAAACUCAGAGACAAUGUCCACCUGAACGGACUGAGCAACGACUCGUCUCCCGUCGUCAGCGUGGACGAGUUGGACUGGACGACGGUGACGGAGGAGAAACUACGAGAGAUCCGGGCCGACGUCGUCAUCGCUGCAGACGUGGUUUACGAUCCCGAGGUUGCAGAAAGUCUGGUGAAGCUGCUAUCAAAGAUCCUGAGCUGUUGGUCUGUCGAGGUCCAACCUGAGAUCUUCAUCUGCUCCACCGUGAGAAACCCAGAGACUUACAGCAGCUUCAAACUGCAGCUUGAAAAUUCAGGAAUCAGCCAGGAAGUGAUGACGGGACCUGUCAGCCAGGUGUUUCCCUACAACCGACUCUCUCCUAUAGAGCUGAUUAAACUGUACAGGUGACAAAAUGUUGCGUAAUAAAGAUUUUAUUUACAAAUGUG